AUGGCUUUUCAGUUAGUGUUUCAAGUCAUUUUUUUGCUCUGCUCAUUGAAUCCAUUUCUUGCAGAAGCACAAUCUAUGACAAAAAGUGGAUGUAAAAAACGUUGUGGAAACAUCAUCAUUCCAUAUCCAUUUGGAAUGGAAACUGGUUGUUACUUAGAAGAGAGAUUCAGGAUAGAUUGCAACUCUAGCAGCGUUCCUACACUUGACCUAAAUGGAACCAGCCUGGAGGUAACAGAUAUCUCAGUUGAUAAACCCAACAAUAUUCAAAUCAAUUUCCCAAUCAUCUUUCAAAAUUGCAGCAGCAAAACCAGCAGCAGGGAUUCACUGGUCGUCAAUUUGGAAGAUACCCCUUUUUCUUUCUCAACUGAAAAUCGGUUCGUUGCAGUUGGUUGCAACAACCUUGCUUUGUUGAGCAGACAUGAGGCUACUGUCGGCGGGUGCAUGUCAAUUUGCAACGUAAGCAGUAGUGAUGCCUCUGCAAAUGGUACUAUUUGUAAUGGCAUCAACUGCUGCGAGACCACAAUCCCCUCAGGUCUCGAUUUUUUUAACGCAACCUUACAAGUUGUAGGCGACAAGGUGAAGGAUGGGUGCAAGUAUGCCUACUUAGUUGAUCAAAAUUGGUUUAAUCUGAGGCUCGACAAUAACAUUUCGGUGAUAGAUAUGGACUAUGUCCCAGUGGUGCUAAAUUGGAGAAUUGAUCUUGGAUUAUACGAAAAUAUGACGCUGAAUGGAUCAGCGUAUAGUGUAACAAAUUUAACGUCUUCCGGGACUUCCAGAUGUAGCCCGAACUCAACUUUUCUUCUAUGUUGGUGCUCCUCAGGCUUUCAAGGCAAUCCUUAUAUUCCUGAUGGUUGUCAAGAUAUUAAUGAAUGCCAGAUCUCUUCCAUCAACAACACUACUAUUUGCUCCAGGGACCUAAUCUGUCAAAACCUAUACGGCGGCCACCAAUGUGUGAAGCUUGAAAUCAAGAAAUCUCGGGUUAAAAUGGUGGGUUUAGGUUUUGGCGUGGGGUUUGGAGUAUUGGUCCUACUUAUUGGUUCAUGGUGGUUGUACAAAGUUAUAAAGAAAAGCAGGAAUGAAAAACGCAAGAAGAUGUUCUUUGAACGGAAUGGUGGUUUGUUGCUGCAAGAACAACUAUCUUCAGGGGAAGUCAACGUCGAGAAAAUCAAAUUGUUUGGUUCAAAGGAGUUGGACAAGGCCACUGAUCAUUACAAUGUGAAUAGAACGCUUGGCCAGGGAGGCCAAGGUACAGUUUACAAAGGGAUGUUAGCGGAUGGAAAAAUCAUUGCAGUCAAGAAAUCAAAAGUUCUUGAUGAAGAUAAUCUCAGACAAUUCAUUAAUGAAGUUGUCAUUCUUUCACAAAUUAACCACAGGAAUGUGGUCAAGCUUUUCGGUUGUUGCUUAGAAACUGAGGUUCCAUUGUUGGUCUAUGAAUUCAUUCCUAAUGGAACCCUUUACCAGUUUCUACAUGACUCAAAUGAAGAAUUCCCAUUAACUUGGGAAAUGCGAUUAAGGAUUGCAACAGAGGUUUCUGGGGCACUUUCUUACCUACAUUCAGCAGCUUCCAUUCCAAUUUUCCACAGAGAUAUCAAGUCUACAAACAUACUACUAGACGAGAAGUACAGAGCCAAAGUAGCAGAUUUUGGGACAUCAAAGUCAGUAACCAUCGACCAAACUCGUGUCACAACUCUAGUACUAGGCACCUUCGGGUACUUGGAUCCAGAGUACUUCCAAACAAGCCAGUUGACAGCCAAGAGUGAUGUUUAUAGCUUUGGGGUGGUCCUUGCUGAGCUACUCACUGGACAAAAGCCAAUCUCUUCCAUGAGAUCAGAAGAAGAAAACAGAAGUUUAGUAACAUAUUUCAUUGUUUCCAUGGAGGAAAACCAUCUAUUUGACAUUCUUGAUCCUCAAGUUACUAUGCAAGGAAAGAAAGAAGAUGUAAUGAUGGUUGCCAUGUUGGCCAAGAGAUGUUUGAGCAUGAAAGGAAGAGAAAGGCCAACAAUGAAAGAAGUGGCAAUGGUGUUAGAGGGGAUCCAAAAGUCAUACGGGACUCAAAAAUCACAGCACAUGAUCAUUCCUCAAGAGAUCGAGUAUGAUCCAAAUGGUUUCAUGGAGGGGCUUUGGGACCUUGCUUCUUCUGACACAACAGGCUCUACUUCGGAUAGUCGUCUUGCUUCAUCACUAGAUAGAAAACCACUCUUAAUAAAUAUUAAAUAGAAUUAAUGCUUCCCAAAUUACUAAAUGUUUUUUUCUUCAAAGAUAGUGAAGCUGAUAGAAC